AUGAAAAAGGGAUUAACAGCAGUUGGUGGUGCAAUAACUAUUACAACUACAAUGUUAGGAGCAGGUAUAAAUUUUAUGCCAGCUGCAUAUGCAAGUCUUGGUUACAUUAACAGUAUGUUUUGUAUGAUGUUCGUUAUAUUUUUAACAGGACUUACAUUAUUUACUGUUGGUUAUUCUGCACAUUUAAAUAAAAGUAAUACAAAAAGUUAUUCUUCUAUUGGUUAUGACUUUCAUAUGUAUCUUGGAUACAUAGUUGAUUUUGCUAUUGUGUUUUCACAAUUCUUUGUUGGUAUUGUAUUUCAAAAAUAUAUGGUUGAUUUAUUAAUUCUCUAUCUUUUUAAUGUAAAAUCGGGACAAAAAGAUUAUGAUACUUAUAGAAUAGGAGGAUUGCUGGUUACUAGUAUUAUAUUAUAUGGAUUAUCUUUACUAAAAGAUCUUAGUUCUCUUAGGUUUACUUCUUAUCUUUCUGUUUUUUCAGUUUUUUAUUUAACUCUUCUUAUGACAUUUUUUAAUUUCUAUUUAAAAACAGAUAUCCAAACAGGAGGGUUUGAUGCAAAAAAUAAUAAAUAUGGAUUUGGAUUACAAUCUAUAAUACUGGGAAUGUGCUGUCAAGUGAAUAUGGUGUCAGUUUAUAGUGAAUUAUUAAAUAAAUCUGCAAAAGGAUUAAUUUUUAUUUCUGCUGUUAGCAGUAUUUUAGGAGGAAUGAUUUAUGCAUCAGUGGGUUUUUUUGGAUAUAAAAUUCUUGGAAAUUCUAUUGGUAAAGAAGACAUUAUAAAAAUAUUUUGUGAUAGAAAUUCAUUAUUAAACCGUGCACUGGCCAAUGAAAAUAUUUUUAUAAGAAAAUCACCACAAGUUGCUAUAGUUGGUGCUAUAUUCGUACUAUUAGGAUCAUUCCCUUUGCAACUUAAUCCUGCAUCUAAUAUAUUAAUGAAGAUAUUUGGAAAGAAAGAUGAAAGAUCAAGAAUAAUGCUAGUUACUGGAUUAUUCCUUUCUAUUCUUUUUAUAAAUUUUAUUCCUAAUUUAAAAUUAGAUACCUUUAUGGGAAUAUGUGGAGGAAUAUUUAGUAAUUCAAUAUCCUUUUUUUUCCCAUCACUUUAUUAUAUUUUAUCAGUGAGAAAGAUUAACCUUAUAUCUAUUUUAUCUGGUCUUACAAUUUUAUUUAGUAUUUGUGUCGGUAUUUAUAUUAUUUAUACAAUUCUUGCAUCCUCAUAA